CUCUUAGUGUCAAGGCGCAAGUGCUAUCCGGGGAAAGAGUAUAAAGGCUGAUUCUAAUCCCAUAUUAAAUUCAUUCAGUUUGAAAACUAGGGAAUAAACAGGCAUAUGUUGAAGUAUAAAAACUGUACAACAACUGAAGAAAUUGAAAAAGAGUUGGAAAAGGACAUGGAGACCCUUAUGAAUUUAUUAAACCACACAACAACCCCUGCGCCAGACGUCAUCAAUAUAUUUCUCAAUCGUACACUUAACGAGACUGGAAACAUUGCUAACAGGACUAUGACUGAAUCACCAUCGCAUGCCUGGACCAACGUAACCCUCUUUGCGUUGAGUGUGCUUGGACUGCUUUUCAUCUUAGGAUGUUACGCCAUUUUUGGAAGACAUCACAGAGCUAUCUACAAUAUUCCUGGAGCAGCAGUUCAAUACAGAGAACAGCCCCCUCUGCUUCCGAUACCAGAGUCUCCUAAAGAGGAAGAUGAGGUGAAUGAUUGUGGUGAGGUUGAAAACUUCCAUCUACCCGGGAUCAGCAGCUCCCAGACCAGGGACAAGUACAAGUCCAUCCCCUCAUGGAAAUUCCCCAAGAAAGCCGAGGAUGCAGAAUCUAAUUCAGAAUCCCAGACUGAUCCCUUGGAACACCUUGAAUUUACUGACAGCCAACUUGACUUCACCGAAGCUAUGACCAUGGAGGAACUCAAGCAGUUCAAACAGGAAUUGGAUAUUGACAAUAAUUAUUUCGCCCUCAUGUCUCAGUUGACGUUCACGUUCACGUGGCACGUCCAGUCCCAGGUUGACACAUAG